UGUUUUUUACCUUGAGCGAAGUAAUCUUGAUUGAUAUUAUCGUUCUUACAACUUUUUUUUCUUUGCUGGAAUUAUCUUUGUAGAAAUGGGAAACAAAAAAGUUUAUGUUAAUGCGAAAGCGUUAGCAGCUAAAGAACGACUGGAGCAAAAAAAAAUAGCAGAAAAAGAGCGAUUAAGAUUAAUAAAGGACGAGCGGGAGUGGCACGACGAAGGAUCUAAAAUCCAACAGAAAAGAGCAGCGAGAAAAGCCCUCCAAGAACAAAAGAAAGAGGCAACUCUCUCACGAAAAAAGGCCGCUAAAGAAGCUUUAGAAGAAGAAAAUAAACAACUAAAAGGCAAAAAGGAAAAUGCACCUAAAAAAAUUACGCAACAUGAAAUAUUAUUAAUGAAGGAAGAAAAAUUAAAUUCAGCCAACUUAGAAAAAAAUUUAAGACCGAAUUUUGAACUUCCAGAUUUUAUAAAUCCAAAUAAAGAAAAAGCGGCUCUCCUUGCUGAAGGCCACGUGGAGGCUCAAGGGAUAGACGAAGCGUUGAGUUAA